AGCGCAGCGCGUCAACGGUCUGGAAACACGAGCUGACAGCAGCCGCACGAGUCCGCAAAAAACCUCCUACAGUCUGCAGUCAGACUCUGGAGGAGACGUCGGCGUGUGUUGAACCAGGAACAACAAACUGAAUCAAACUUUGAGCGACAGAAAAAAAAGAAAGAAAGAAAAACCCUCCGCGAGUUGUGACGAUGACUGUCUGUUAUGAACCGGCCGAUGACGCGGCUGAACUCCGCCGGUGUCAGCGCUGAUACCGCUGCCGACUGUGAGCUGCUGUCGUUUGGAUUAAACAAGGGUGGUGGCGCCACGUACGACGGUUCAAACAAAAAAGAUUUGGCUCGUCAAGUGUUUGGCCGUGCAGCCGAGUUGUUGAACGAGGGCAAAUGUGAAACUAGCGAUGAUUAACUUGGUGGAAAGUUGGGAGAGACGACGCAACAAGGGACGCAAAUAUUAAAAGUGAUGUUUUUCUAGCGCGGUUCGGUGACACGCAGACAACAUCAUGAGCGAGGUGGCCAUGGAGGAGCACGAGAGGGACAUCUCGGACCUGGACCCGCAGGAGUGCCCCUCGGUGGUGGUGGAGAACGGGGUCAUGCUGGUGGUGAAUCACAGCUACGUCCACGCUCCCUUCAGUGUCGUGCUGGCCACCGUACUCUACCUGGCGGAGUUCAUCACCGCCGCCAUGCUUUGCAGCAGGUACCACAAGUCCGAGGACAACAUCUGGCUGGGCUUCACCAUCACCUUCAUGCUGGUGCCCGCCGUGCUCAUUCAGCUGGCGCUGACGUUCAUCCACAGGGACCUGGGUCGGGACCGGCCCCUGGUCCUCUUCCUGCACCUGCUGCUGAUGGGCCCGGUCAUCAGGUGUUUCGAGGCUCUGGUGGUUUACUUCAAGGCAGGUAAGAGGGAGGAGCCGUACGUGACCAUCUCCAGGAAGAUCAGCCUGAAGAAGGGGCAGGGGACGCCCAUGGAGUGGGAGAUCGGCCAAUCGGAGCGCACGCUGGCCACUCACAGGAACGCCUUCAAGCGCACCGCGGUCAUCCAGGCGUUUCUGGGCUCCACGCCUCAGCUGACGCUCCAGCUGUACGCCACCAUCCAGGAGAAAUACUUCCUCCCUGUGAGAGGCGCUCUGAUGAUCAUCACCCUGAUCUCCGUCAUAUACGGGGCCCUGGUGUGCAGCGUCCUCGCCAUCCAGAUCAGGUACGACGACUACAAGGUGCGGUUGCGCCCCGCGGCCUACAUGUGCAUGAUCGUGUGGAGAGGGCUGGAGAUCGCCACCCGGAUCACCGCUCUGGUCCUCUUCAGCACGGCGCUCACACACUGGGUGAUCCUCGUCGGGAUGGUGAACCUGCUCUUCUUCUUCUUCCUCCCCUGGGCUGAGUUCUGGGCCCGGAAAGGCUCGCUGACUCAGGACGUGGAGAAGAACUUCUCCAAGCUGGGCACCACGGUGGUGCUGAGCAUGUUCACGCUGCUCUACGCCUGCAUCAACAUCUUCUGCUGGUCGGCGGUGCAGCUGGACCUCACCCACCGAGAGCUCAUCGAGAGGAAGCAGCGCUGGGGCCGCCUGGCCAUGUACUACUGCGGACGCUUCGUCGAGAACUUCAUCCUCAUCGCGCUCUGGUACUUCCACAAAUCAGACUUCUACGAGUACGUGUGCGCGCCGCUGCUGGCCGUCCAGCUGCUGAUCUGCUACAGCCUGGCCGUGCUCUUCAUGCUGCUCUUCUACCAGUUCUGCCACCCCUGCAGACGCCUCUUCAAGUACAACGUGCACGACUGCCUGCACUGCAUCUGCUGCCGUAGAAGAGCGAGGGAGGCGAGACGGAAGCCGGCGCCUUCUUACUCCAACGCGGCCACCAUGGUGCUGGUGCCCGAGGAGCCACUGGAGCUGCUGGACCCUCAAAACUCGGAACAACCCGACCUCACCAGUCAGCUGGGAGGGCGGGAGACAGCUAUCGUUGAAGACAUCAUGGAAGCAGCCUGAGGUGGGCUGUAAAUUAACAAACUGAAUGAAGCUCUCUGAUGUGGACUUGGAUCGAAGCUGGAGCGGCUGAACAAGAUCUCGAGUUCUCUCAGACAAAAACCAGAAUGUUUUUGUGUUUUUCUGAGUUAGAGAACAAACUUGUGCCUCUUUCCCCCCCCGCAGUGCACGGAAACUUCUCUCAGGUGCACGAUCACGAACACUUAGGGCACCACAACACCCCAGUCCACCAAAGAAUGUAGCAUGUGGAGAUAUGCACAAAGGCCGCGUUGAGGGAGCAGCGGCAGGUCGCGUUCAGGACCGAGCCAGGUGUGCUGGAAAGGUGCCAAGUGUGUCCGAAGUGCCCGAGAAAAAAAGACUGAUGGGGAGAGAGAACGAAGUCCACCGGCUUGACUUCCUCUCAGGGUUGAAUGCCUCCCUUUGCACAUGUUAGCGUCUGCACUAAAACAGAGUUUAAAAAAAAAACAACAAAAAAAAUCAAAUCCAACAAGAAUUCAUCUUCCUCAUACUGCAUAAACCUGCUGCGAUGAAUGCCUCCUGUUGUUCAUUGUCCAGUCAGGUUGCCUUGAUGAGAAGAAGAAAAAAAACAAAAAAAAAAACAGGUUUUAGUUUGGCAGAGGACACGUGGGAGUGUGUGAGGAGCUGGUGAAUAUCGUGUGUGUGUGUGUGUCUCAGAGCUAAACCUUAACAACACUGACAUGGAACUUAGCUUCUACUUCACUACAGUGCUUUCAGCUGGUGUGUUAUUUUUACUUUAUGUUUGUUCGUUCAGUGCCUUGACUACUGUUUUACUUGAAAGUUAAAUAAAAAAUAAUCUCUGCACACAUUC